UAAUUUUCUGAGCGGCUGGUUAGAGUUAGGCGAAGAUCACGUGUUGACGACGGGCCAGCUCAACCUCGGGCUUUUUGGUGUCAACUUCCUUGGGGAAAGCCAUAGUGUGACCACCUCGUUCGCCUUCUGUUCCUCUGGCUCUCUGGAUUCAGCACCGACAGCUCGAGUUUCUCGCGGAAGCCUUUGUUUUAGAUCUACUUGCCAUACUGUUUAUCAAUGGCAGUUAACGGCAGCGAAGGAAUCUUCCAACCUCAGCCGCUGCGCACCUUCGCCCAAACGUCCAGCACAGUCACCAGUUCAAGCACCAGCACAAACACCAGCUCUUCACCUCAGUUCUCCGUCACGCCCGACAAGCCCUCUGCAUCUGAAUAUGACUACAGCAGCGAUACAGACUCCAUAGGGGGUGCGCCCCACAAGUCGCAGUCAAUAGUCUCAUUGACUACCUCGGCUCUCGUCGGAAUCUUUGGCAACUCGCUCAACGACGCAAACAGUCGAGCGUCGACCCCGGACCUGCUACAGACUCAACCUUCGUCUUCCACAAAUCUAUAUGGCGAUGGGGUUGCGCGGCUUCGCAGAAAUGAGGGAGGCAGCCUCGGUAGACAGUCCGGUCGCCCGCCAUUCGGCAAGACUCUGAGCGCUUCGCAGCUUCAGCAGCAACAACGACGCCGGUAUUCGAACGCUGCUAUCGCCUCGUCUGCCAAUGGAUCUUCCACAAGGCUGAUACUGUUUGGGAAGAUAAGCCUGCUCUUCUCGUUUGGUGUUGCAUAUGGACACCUCAUUACACAGUUGCAGGACAACCACUUUGUCACCAACACGACUCUGAACGUCGAUCCUAUCGGCAGUUUUACUUUGACCUGGGGAUUUAUGGGUAUCGCGUUGGGCUCGAUUCUUCCGUUUGUGGAUUCAAUAUCGCCAGCGCUGUUUGGACCGACCAAGAAUAGUCUGCUGAAUUCGUCUGGAAGUGGCGUGACUAUGCUGAUGUACCCUAUAAUCCGCGCGGUCGGUAUUUUCAUUGGUGUUUCCUAUGGCAUUCGGCAUUUGCCUUGGACAUCCACGCUACAGGGAGCUGUCGUCUUGGCGGUUCUGAAUCCGCUUCUGUGGUUUGCCAUCGAUACUUCCGUCAAUGGUUUCAUACUAUCCUCCCUGACUGCUAUCAGCGGCACCAUUCUCUUUGCGUAUUUCUAUCCCACCCAUCUCCCUACCUCCAGCGGCUGGUCCGAAGACUACAUCGCGGUCGCGACAUGGAUCGCGUCAAUCUUUUUCUGCAGCUCGAUUUGCUUCGGCAUGAUAGGCCGGAAACUUCUAGGUCCGAAGAAUGACAGCGCAGCAUCCGCGAUCUCUCCUCGGUAGUAGUCGCAUCGUCACUCAUUGCUCUCUGUUCUUUUCCCUUCUGCUUCUCCUGAGUGAUUGCUCCAGGAGUAAUUUUUUUGUUUGAUUUGACUUUGAUGGUAGAUUAUACUGUCGUUGAAAAGCACAUAUCCGUAUCCUUUUGGAGCUCGAUUCUGUCUUUGUUUUUUUCUUGGUACAUCUCAAUAAUCCACAUUUUGUAUUGUCUUCCUCUCGUGUUCCUACUCUAUUUGCUUUGGUCAGUCUAGCGGGAUGUCGUGAGGACUUGGGUACGAGUUUGUCGCUGUAUAUCUUUUGGUGACGGAUAAGCGUGUUUGAAGGUCUACAGUAAUGUUUACGACCGUUCUGAAUGAAUCAUACUACAUCAUUCAAUAACCAAGUCUGCU